UCAGCUCUUUGUUUGACUGCAUGUUCGCUGUUAGAGAGACAGUUCAUUUUUACGCACGUUUCUGCGCUGUGUGUGCUCUGCUGGCCGUGGGUGUGUGCGUGGGCACUUUGCGUUUUUGCGCAUGGGUUAUGUCAGUAAGAAACCAUACAGCUCAGUCAGCUCGGUCCAGAUUCAGAUCCCUGCUUGACCUGAUUUACAUCCCUCUUCUGAAGCAGUGACAAUAAAUAACUUGAUACUUCUGCUGAUCUGGGGAAAACUUCAACAAUUAAAAUGCAGCAAAUGCCAGUUUUACAGUCCUCUGUGGCUCCAGUGGAAGGGAGGUUAAAUCGCAGUCUUGUGUCCAGCCUGCCUGCAAUCAGGCCAGACAGGCUGAAAACAGCCAAGGCGCUUGUGGACAAAGCAGUCAAGUUGAGGAGAGUGUUUUCAGUGCAGGGGCCCUAUCCUGUUAUCCGCACUGCCUUAUGGGCCAGAGGGUGGGUGGAACGAUGUUUGCCCCAUCCAGUUCAGAGGCCACCUCAUUACCAUGGCGAUGAGGACUACGAUGGUGAUGAUGGUGAUGUCUGUGCUGAUGUUACUGAGAGAGGGGAUGAAGGUGAGAAAGAGGAGAACUUUGAUGACAUGUAUGAGCUCAUGUCGCGCCUGGUCCGGAAUGAAACACCCUAUUUCCACUGGACAACGCGCCGAGAUUACAUCGACUGUCGCGGCUUGCGCAGUGACCAAGUGACCAAUCACUAUGCAAACGUGGGAACUUUCACCACCAAGGUGGGGCUCUGUGUGAACCUGCGGAACCUUCAGUGGUUUGACGCUGCAGAUCCGGACACCUUCUUUCCCAGAUGCUACAGACUCGGUGCUGAAGACGAAAAGCAUGCAUUCAUAGAGGACUUCAGGAGGACAGCUUGCACCAGCCUGCUGCAGCAUGUGGUGGAAACAUGGAGCAGACAGGGAGCAGAGGUUGGGGAACAAAAAGCUAAAACCAGCACCGCCGAAAAGUUAGAUCCAGAGAUGAUUGACACCGCGUUGCACGUGUGUGAAGAGUUUCUCAGUGUUUUAGAGCACGGUGACAUUGACGUAACCGUGGAAACGGCCCCAACAGUGGAGGGACAACAGUGGACAGAGUUUCUGCAGAACUACUACAUGGUUGUUCAUGAAGGUGCCGUGAUCAGUGGUAGCGGUGUGUUUGUGGGGCGUUGCCAGGCGAUGUUGAACAGACUGCAGGAGUGCUGUCCUCAGCUGGACACAGACGGACUGAGCAACAUCUGGAUCAUCAAACCGGGUGCCAAGUCGAGAGGACGCGGUAUUAUGUGUAUGAACCGCCUGGAGGACAUUUUGGCACUGAUAGACACAGACAGAGCCAUGACGAAGGAGAGUAAGUGGGUGGUUCAGAAAUACCUGGAACGUCCUCUGCUGGUCCACGGCACCAAGUUUGACCUCCGUCAGUGGUUCCUUGUAACGGACUGGAACCCUCUGACUGUGUGGUUCUACAAAGAGUGCUACCUGCGCUUCUCCACUCAGCCCUACUCAACAAAGACUCUUGACAGCUCAGUUCACCUGUGCAACAACUCCAUCCAGAAGCACUUCCAGCCGUCUCGUGAUCGCCAUCCGGCUGUGCCUCUGGACAACAUGUGGUCCUGCUCUCAGUUCAAGGCUUUUCUGCAGCAGCAGGGCCGUGGGGCAAAGUGGGAGGCGGUGGUGGUCCCAGGCAUGCAGCAAGCAGUGGUUCAUGCCCUGCAGACAGCCCAGGACCUGGUCGAGCACCGCAAGGCCAGCUUUGAGCUCUAUGGAGCAGACUUUAUGUUGGGCAGAGAUCUGAGGCCCUGGCUCCUGGAGAUCAAUGCCAGUCCGACGAUGGCCUGCUCCACGGCUGUGACCGCCCGCCUCUGCCCUGCUGUGCAGCUGGACACACUGAGGGUUGUGCUGGACUGGCGGGCGGAUUCUAGUGCUUACACAGGAGGAUUCCAUAUAAUCUACAAACAGACUGCAGUUGAAGUUCCUCACUAUGUGGGCAUGAACCUUCUGGUGGAAGGAGCUGCUGUCAGGCGAUCCAGACCCCUCCUUCGUGCAUUUCCUGCUAUCCAGUUCUCCUCAGACCGGACGUCUCCAGAAGAGGUGAAAACAAGACAUAAAUCAUCACAUCAGAAGACCCAUGCAGUUGCUGCUUCCCGCCAUGCAGGCAAAGAGAACCAAACUGCUGAAGACACAAAGGGGCAGCUGACAUCAACAUCUCCAAAGAAAAUGCACGAAAGGAGAAGGGACAUUCAGAUUACCCAGAAUCCCUCCUGUGUCCGCAGGUCCUGUCACACUUGUGUGUCUGAUCAGCCUCUGGCGGCACACACCAAACCUCAGAAAAAAGUGCAACGGUUGCGUCUCAGUGCGAACAGAGCCACUCUCGUCCCACGCAGUCUUUCUUUUUCCCUCAGUUCCCCUCACAGCAUGCUGCACUGUAAAUCUCAGCCCGGCCGAGGACAGGCAUCCCAUAUUACUAGACUCUUUCUACCCCAGAUGGUUUCUGAGGCCCAGCACAAGACUUCCACCCAGGCGUUUCCGUCACUCCAGGGUCCCCUCCCUACGCUGGAGAUCUUUAGUUUGAAGCCAAACACUGUGACAGGAAAUAGUUCCUGUCGUAACCUGACUUUGUCCUCUCGCCGCAGCUUCCACAGGCAUCACUCGUUCCUCUGUUCUCACAGGCAAAACAUGGCAAAACAUAAAGAGGACUAUACUGGGGAACAUAAACACUAGUGUUACUGUGUGUUCAGAGCAAACGGUGGGACGCUGAGGAGGUUUUGACAAACAUUGUUUUAUAUUUUUUGAUGACCUGGAUUGUGAUUAUCAAGGAGUUCACAUUGAUUCUGAUGGUAUUAAGUUUUGUUUGAAGAAUAUAUUACUGUAUAAGUAUACGCACAGGGGUUUUAUGCGACAAAAAAGUAUGGUGAGGAACUUGAAAACUACCCAUCAAAACAUUUGGGUCCUGUCCUCAGAAUAACAACCGCCAACUUUGAUGUUCUAAAUCUGUAAAUCAAACUGUUCUCCCGAGUUAUUCAUAUUCAGUUGUUGCAAUGCUUGCAAUGUUUCCAGUAGAUGGCGUUAAAGCUUAAAAAAUGAAACAGUCUUUUAUGGGAACACUUUGCUGGAGGAGAAAGGAAAAAAAAAAAAAAAAAGGGCAGGAAAUAAUUUGCAGCCCCUACUUAGAAGAUGGCAUAUCUCCUGUUCCAGCCUUUUAAUAAAAACAAAGUUCUAAAUAUGCCAUAAAA